AUGAAGGGCUACCAUGGGGAGCGUAGCCAGGCACAACCCUCCUCCGGCCACCGCUGCCGCUGCAUCCCAGAGGACUGCGAGCAUCCCGCCGACUACAUCCAGCACGGUCCCGAGGGCCGGCCCCCUGGCAGCGAGGUGCAGUCUGAAGACAUUGCAGAUAUCGAAGCUCUCAAAGAGGAGGACGAUGAAGAGGAAGAAGAUAGGAGUCAUAAUCCUCAGAAGAGCAGGGACUUCCUUGGGGAAACUAUUGGAAAUGAGUUAUUUAACUGUAGGCAGUUCAUUGGGCCACAGCAUCACCACCACCACCACCACCACCACCAUCACCACCACCAGUCCCGCCAUGGCAAGCGCAGCAAGAGCAAGGACCGCAAGGUGGACUCCCGGCACCGGUCCAAGAUGAUGGGCUGGUGGAGCUCCGACGACAACCUGGACAGCGACAGCAGCUACAUGGUGUCCGGCCGGCACGCCGCAGCCCAGGGCACCCAGUACUGCGUGGACGCUCCCGAAAGUGCCUUCAGAGACUUGACCUUGAAGAGUCUAAAGGGCGGCGGGGAAGGAAAAUGCCUGGCCUGUGCCGGCAUGUCCAUGUCUCUGGACGGCCAGACGCUCAAGAGGAGUGCCUGGCACACCAUGACCGUCAGCCAGGCCCGUGAAGCCUACCCCAGCGCCGGCGGCACCGAGAAGACCUUGAUGCUUCAGGAGGCAAAGGCCAAAGACCGAGCGUACCAGUACCUGCAGGAGACAGGCAGCGGUAACGCCGUGCUGGCCGGGGAUGGAGAGGGUGGCCGGGGCCCCGCUUUGCCACCAGCAGGGGCACUGGGGCAGAGUGACAGCCCCACCGCCCUCCCCGUGGGGCCCGGGGGACGCCGUCCCACCGCCACCGCUCCGUUUGCAAGUAGGCACUAUUCUGAUUCAUAUAUCUGUAACUGUCCCAGCUGCUGCACGCCACCGCGAAUGCUCCCGCGGGGACAGGGCUACGGGCGUUCCUUCACCACCGGCCAGGUAGGCUCCCACGUCACGGGCACCGUGGGGCAGGUUGGAGCAGGGUGGGGGGUGGCAGAUGCUCCUCUGAGCAUCUCCUUGGGGACCCACAGCUACCUGCGGGCCAUCCAGGCGGGCUGCUCCCAGGACGACGACUGCCUCUCACUCUUCUCCAUGUCGGCCCCCGCCGGGCCGCCCAUCACCAGCAGCAUCCUGAAGCCCAGCACCUCCUUCAGUUACAGAAAAGCUCCACCUCCCAUCCCUCCAGGAACCAAAGCCAAACCCCUCAUCUCCGUCACGGCGCAGAGCAGCACCGAGUCUACCCAUGACAGCUACCUGCCCGGCGAGGUCGCCCGCAGCCCCGCCUGGUCCAAAGACACCGCGGCCCGUUGCAACUCGGCCGAGAGCUUGGAGAGCUCCAAGGUGACGACUGUGACCCUCGACCUGCCCCCAGUCCAACCCCGUGGCGCUCCCAAGCCCUCCACACUCAUCAUCAAGGCCAUCCCCGGCCGGGAGGAGCUGAGGAGCUUGGCUCGGCAGCGCAAGUGGCGCCCCUCCAUCGGUGUCCAGGUCGAGGCCAUCUCUGACUCAGAUACGGAGAGCCGGAGCCAGAGGGAGUUCCAUUCCAUCGGGGUGCAGGUGGAGGAGGACAAAAGGCGAGCACGCUUCAAGCGCUCCAACAGCGUGACGGCAGGCGUGCAGGCAGACCUGGAGCUGGAGGGCUUCACCGGCCUGACCGUGGCCACCGAGGACAAAGCCCUGCAGUUUGGGCGCCCCUUCCAGCGGCACUCCUCAGAGCCUGAGUCCGGCCGGCAGUACGCGGUGUACAAGACGGUGCACACGCAGGGGCAGUGGGCGUACCGGGAGGACUAUCAGCUGCAGUACGACACGGUGGAGGUGCCCCGGCGGGAUGCCUGGAUGGAGCGGGGCUCCCGCAGCCUCCCCGACUCCGGCCGUGCCUCCCCCUGCCACCGCGAUGGGGAAUGGUUCAUCAAACUGCUGCAGGCGGAGGUGGAGAAGAUGGAGGGCUGGUGCCAGCAGAUGGAGAGGGAGGCUGAGGACUACGACCUGCCGGAGGAGAUCCUGGAGAAGAUCCGGAGCGCCGUGGGCAGCGCCCAGCUCCUCAUGUCCCAGAAGGUGCAGCAGUUUUAUCGCCUCUGCCAGCAGAACAUGGAUCCCAACGCGUUCCCUGUGCCCACCUUCCAAGACCUGGCCGGCUUCUGGGACCUCCUGCAGCUCUCCAUUGAGGACGUCAGCAUGAAGUUCGCAGAGCUCCAGCAGCUCAAGGCCAACGGGUGGAAGAUCAUGGAGCCCAAGGAGGAGAAGAAGGUGCCUCCCCCGAUACCAAAGAAGCCGCCGCGCUCCAAGCCUGGAGUCCGGGAGCACCUCUGCAGGGUGGCACUAGCCGGGGACGCGGGAUACGGUAUCCCCGUGCCUUGCUGA